CUUGGUAAGUCAGGCUUCCACGUGCUCCUGGGACUCUUCCCACUUCCCCCCACCCCCCUACUUCAUCAAUUCAAUGCCCGGCCAUUUUCUUUUCUUUUUCUUUCUUUCUUCUUUUGUUGUUUAUCACUCAAUUACACACUCUCUGACCCUCUGUUCCCUUCUUGUUUGCAUCUCUCUAAAAAGCAAAAAAAAAAAAAAUAUACAGCAAGAGACAUCCAUGGUAGUAUGAGAACAGAGCAACAGCAAGAAAAAGAUUUCUAAAGAGAGGGUGAUCGAUGAUGGAGGGAAUCAAAGGAGGAGGAAGAGUUGGUGUUGGUGAGGAAGACAUGGGUGAUGGGAUGCAAUGCAGUGACCAUCCCUACAGGAACAACCCAGGUGGGAUCUGUGCUUUCUGCCUCCAAGAGAAGCUUGGCAAGCUGGUUUCUUCCUCUUUUCCUCUCCCUAUUCGUGGCUCCACCUCUUCCUCUUCCUCUCCUUCUUUUAGAUCUGACGCCAAUGGCGGUGCUGGUUCUUCGUCCUCUCUUUCGCUCUCCAUCCGACCCACAUCGACAACAAAAGGUAUCAAUGAUGCUGGUGGCGGCGGCGGCAAAGAUAGUCAUUAUCAUGAGUAUUAUACGAGGCGGGCCCGGAUCCCUUUUCUUUUGGGUAAGAAGAAGAAGAAAGUUACUACUGUAGCGUCAUCGGAUCGUGCGGCUGAUAUUGUUUUCAAGCGAAGCAAGUCCACUGCAACUCCUAGGAGAAGCCAGUUCUUGGAUGCUGAUGAUGAUGAGGAGGAGGAGGAAGACAUUAGCCCUAGAAAAAGAGGUGGGUUUUGGUCGUUUCUUUACUUCUCUUCUUCUUCUUCCACUUCUUCAUCUUCUUCAAAGCCCAGCGCUUCCAAGGCUAUGGACAAGAGCUUCAGAGAAAACUUCCACAUCACAACUACUUUGACAACAGCAAAUGGCGGUACAGUGGGGAAGCACAGGGAGAAGUCUCUGGGGUCGUCUUUGGGAAAGAAGACUGAAAUCUCGGAAGAAGAUGAUAGUCCCAAUAGCCAAGGCGCCACCGCUUCAGCCUCGUCCUUUGAGCGCAAGGUUUCAAGAUCCAGAUCUGUUGGGUGUGGAAGCAGGAGCUUCUCCGGCGACUUCUUCGAGAGAAUCUCCACUGGUUUUGGGGACUGCACUCUAAGAAGAGUGGAGUCCCAGCGUGAAGGCAAGCCCAAGGUCUCAGCCUCCGCCGUGCACCGCGGCGGCAGCGGCGGCGGAGACCACCACUGCAAUAUGAAAGAGAGGGUCAAGUGCGGCGGCAUAUUUGGUGGGUUCAUGAUAACUUCCUCGUCCUCUUCAUCAUCCUCUUCGUCUUAUUGGGUGUCAUCUUCAGCUGAUCAGGAUAUGAACGGGAAGCCAGUCGCGCAUGGCCGCAAUAAGAGCUGGGGAUGGGCAUUUGCUAGUCCGAUGAGAGCUUUCAGCAAGCCUUCCUCUAAAGACGGUAAGAGGGAUAUUGUCAGACAGGCUUCAGAUAAGAACAAAACCGCCGACUUGGCCGCCAUUCCUUCCUUAUUGGCCGUCCGAGGCUAGAGAAGAUUAAUACACACUACUACUACUACAUGUUUUACUUGUCUAAUAUUUCCACUCCAUUUCUAUAUCUAU